CACAAAACCGGAAUUUUCAGAGAUAGUGUCCGCCUGUAAUUUCAUGCUACUCCGUUUUGAUAUUUGGAAAAUAGAUAUGGAGAAGAAAUGGGAAGAGAUACACUCGUUCAUUUCUGCUGGGUCCUACCCUUCAGAAUAUGACAAGGCUCAGAGGCAAAACCUCAGAAGAUAUGCCUCAAAAUUCAAACUGAAUGAUGGAGAACUCUUUUUUGGAACCAGAAGAGUAGUUAAAACCAAGGACGAUGCCAGGAGGAUCUUUCAUGAGUUUCAUUCAUGCCCAAUUGGAGGACACACUGGCAUACAGAAAACGCUAGCAGCAGUGUGUUCCGGAUUUUACUGGUUUAGUAUGACAGUUGACAUUAAAAAUUGGAUUCUGGAAUGUGACCAGUGUCAAAAAGAUGGGAAACCACUGGCUGCUGUGCAGCCGUUGCAGUGUAUUAAGAGGUCGCGUAGUGGAACCAACGAGGGAGGAAGACGAAAGAAAUUAGCGCCUGCUGGCAGGGCUCGUAGUGCGGAUCGAAAAAUGGCAGCGCAGGAGAAGUUCUUUGCAGGAAUUCCCAAGAUCCAGUAUAAACCUGGCGCUGGACCCGAUGAUGUCAUGUGUUUUAAACACUACAAUGCAGAAGAGGUGCUGAUGGGGAGGACGAUGGAGGACUGGUUGAGGUUUUCAGUCUGCUACUGGCACUCUUUCUGUGGACCAGGUGCUGGUCCUUUUGGAGUUCCAACCCCCCACCGGCUCUGGAAUAAAGGGUCUCCUAUGAAAUCAGCCAAGAAGCGACUCUGUGCAGCCUUUGAGUUUUUCACCAAGCUUGGAGUAAAAUAUUACACUUUCCAUGACAGAGACAUUGCCCCUGAGGGCUCCACGCUGGAGGAGUCCAACCGCAAUCUGGAUGAAAUAACAGACCUGGCUCUCAAGCUACAGAACCAGACUGGAGUGAAGUUGCUGUGGAUCACCUGUAACCUCUUUACUCACUUAAGGUACAUGAAUGGUGCAGCCACUAACCCUGACUGCCAUGUCCUGGCCUAUGCUGGUGCUCAGGUGAAAAAAAGUCUGGAAAUUGCCAAGAAGCUGGGUGCAGAAAACUUUGUUUUUUGGGGAGGAAGAGGUUUCCACUCCAUCCAUAACACUGAUGUUGCUGUUGAACUCAAUCACAUGGCCAUCUUCUUCAAAAUGGCUGUCAACUACAAAGAGAAGAUUGGGUUGAGUUGUCAGUUUCUGAUUGUGCCCCAACAAAAGGAGCCCGGCAAACACCAGUAUGAUUACGAUGCUAUGAGUCUUAUAGGAUUCCUAAAGCAUUUUGGUUUGGACAGUGACUUCAAGUUAAAAAUUGAGCCCAACCACACCACUCUAGGAGGACACGAUAUCGUCAUGGCAUCUGCUUUUGGGAUGCUGGGAUCGAUUGACUCCAACACAGGCUAUCCUUACCUGGGGUGGGACACAGAUCAGUGCCCCCUGGACAUCAGGAACACCACCUUGGUCAUGAAAGUGAUCGUUGAACAAGGUGGCCUGCAUCCAGGAGGAUUGAACUUUGUUGCAAAGGCGCGCAGAGAGUCCACUGACCUCGAGGACCUGUUCAUUAGUCACAUCGGAGUCAUGGACGCCUUUGCAAGAGGACUCAGGAACGCCGUUCGCAUCAUUGAGGAUGGGGUUAUUGCUAGUAUGAUGCAGGAGCGGUACUCAAGCUUUAGUCACGGCCUCGGACAGAAGGUGGAGAAUGGUACUGCCACCUUAGAGGAGAUGGAGGAUUUCAUCAAGCAGAACGGUGAGCCAGAAGUAACAUCAGGGAAGCAAGAAAAGUAUGAGUCCGUCUUUAACCACUACUUAUAAUCAAAACACCUCUCUGCGUAUGCAGCAUUGGCCGUCAGGUGAUGACUUACUUGUAGGAAAGCCCACUCAUUUUCAACACUGUACUUUAUUUAGUCCUGUCAUGCAUUUGUAGUCACACAAACUUUUAAAGUGACACUUAAAUUCAAUAAAAAUGUUG